CGGCCGUCUCCCCACCGUCCCCGGGGACCCACGAUGGGGUCGGGGCUCUCCACCGGCGCCGUGGUCGCGAUCGCCUUCAACUGCCUCAUCGCCUGCCUCAUCCUGCUCCUCUUCCUGAUCCUCUGCAAGGCCUGCCGGACCCCCUCCUGCCCGGAUAGGAGCCCCUCCCACGAGGCGGACGAGAGGGGGAAUGAGGAGAAGUACCUCCUGCAGCCCUGAGCCCCGCCGGUCGGGGAGGAGCUGGCCCCGGGCCUUCCCUUUCCAGGAGACGGUCCUGUCCUCGAGGGCUCCGGGGCCUUCGACAGACCUGCAGCCUGGUC